ACUUUAAAAAAAAAAUAUUUUCUUAUAUGGGGCAUAUACUGUCCUUUAUACUGAAUAAGCCGCAGAAAUAUAGACGCGUUAUAUUUUUCGAAGAUGAAAUAAUGAAACUAUCGUCCAUAAUAUAUACCGGUGAAAAUGUGUUGACGAUUGAAGAUAAAACUCAAAGCGGAUGCAGAGUGUUAUUGAACCGGGAGAACCUUAUUCAACUACAAUAUCUGGAGCGGAGCAUUAUAGAAAGUAUUAUACGAAAAGAAGUAUACAGCAUACCAUUAAUUCAUUACCAGUCCGAGGAGUUUGUGACAUAUCUAAACGAGAAAUGUACACAGAUGGAGUCAUCACCUAAAAAUUUGGAUGAGAUGACGACAUUCAUUAAAAACGUACAAGACGAUCGAGGUAUAAAAUCUUUUCCAAACCUGUCAAACCAAAUACAAAUGUGUUCAACUAAACAACUAGCAGAAUCUGUGCUUAAUAAGGUAAUUCAUAAAUAUUGUUGGGUACGUUAUUAUCAGCGCCGUCGAAGAAGGCGGUGUGGGAACUAA